AUGAACGCAGAUAAUAUCAAUAAGCUUACCGAACAACUAAUACAGCACAUAACCAAUAUUCCACAAGGAACUUACUUUGAAAAAUGUAAAGCCAAUUCUUUAAGCACCUUCAAGUAUCACAACUUUGGAAGUAAUAAUGAGAAUGAAGUGUUUAGACGUUACAAAGGCUUGGUCGAAAAAUUCCGUAUCCAUGCACAAUAUGAGAAGGCAAAAUCACUUGACAAUUGUAUUAAAUCAUUUGUCGAAAAUCCCUUAGAAACCAUUUCGAAUUCAAACAUUACCACGAGGUUUGCAAUCCUUGCAAUGCUCCUUGCGCUCUCUGAUUUGCCAUUAAAAUCCCAUUAUGUUCCCAUGCGUCCAAAACUAUCGAAGAUCAAGUCUAACCAAACAGUCGCGCAAAUAUUCAAAGAACGUCCUUUAACUGGCGCACAUUGGAGAUCUGUUUCAUAUUUGGAUGAUGACGAAGACGAGGAAGAUUGGGAUGUUGAUCAAGAUUGGAUAAGGGAAAGAUUAAGCGAUAAUAAUGUACUCCCUUCUGAAUCAGAGCAAAAUGAGUUGGAAAAGAUCGACAUGGGCGUACAUUAUUUUAAAACCAUGACUUAUAGAUACGAUUGUGUGAAAGAAUUAGAAUCUCUACAAUAUUGGCGCUCAGACUGUCGAAAUAACAUUUACUUUAAUAUGAAAAUCGAAUUCGAUAUUAAUAAUCCAUGUACACUUGGACCUUCUGUCGAUAAUCAUCUAAGCAAAGAUCCUCGCAAUCCAUUCAAAAAUCAUCACGUCAAUGUCAAAUUCAUUAGCGAGCUUGAAGCUAUACGCGAAGUGUUAUUCGUGUUAUCUGGCAGACCAGGGUUACUAUUCAGCAAGAAAAAUCACAAUGGGUUCCAGGUUGAGAUAAAAGCAAAGUUGACACAUCUCUCGGAAGGUGCGUUUAAAAACCUCUUGCAAUAUUUUUGCGAUCAAGCCAAUGCAAUCGCGAAAGUGAGAGGAAUUUCAUACAGGAUAUGCAAAUCUGACUGCUCAAAAUACGGAAUGACUUCUCAAGCUUUUGCUGAUUCCAUUCUUCAGAUGAUAUCGAAAUUCGAAAAAGUGAUUGGUGAAAUGGAGUAUGAAUACAAUGCAAAAAGAGUUCGAAGCGAGCACACCAUUGCUUCCCUAUUACAACUAAGAAAUCGUCUUUCGAAUUAUUUUUUUGAAUUUGAAAUUCUUUAUUCUUUUGUUGUCAAUACGCCACUUAAAGAAAUUCCUGAAUUAGAAUAUACAAGUACAUCGAAUGAAGACCACGUUCCCUCAUACCAUCCUUGGGAAUUUUCAUAUGCAAUUCUGUCUGGGCUCUAUGCUGAAAUUAUACGCCAUCAAAUUGCUGGUAAUACACGUUUAUUCGUGAUGCUGGGAAGACAUUUUGAUAACGCGUUCGAGCCUUACAUGCGAAUCAUAGACAAAUGGAUAAAAUAUGGCAGCUUGGAUGAUCCUGCUGAUGAAUUCUUUAUUGUAAAAAAUUCUAAAGUAGUGGAAAAAUCUGGAAAUCACUGGCAAGAAAUGUUUAUAGUUCGUGAGGCAAUUCCGUCCCACAAAAACACACCUACCGUUCUGCACUCGCUUGAUUUUCUUGGACAAUUUGUCAAUAGAAUUAUGUUUGCGGGCAAAGGCCGUAAUUUGCUUAUGUCAUUAAACUUUUCAAAAGAUAGUAAAGACAAGAAACUUUACGCUUCGUCUAAUGCGGAGAUAGGAAUCGAAAAACUUCGUUCAUUCGACCUUUUGACCUUUCAACCAUUUCACCAAAGAUUUGCCGAUAAUCUUGAAGAUUAUCUUCAGCCUCAAUACGAACAUAUUAACGAUCUUUUAUAUAAAACUUUGGUUGAUCGAUGUCAUCUUUGGGCGCAUCUUCGUACAUUAUCUGGUAUUUAUUUUAUGCAAGAAGGAGAAUCUAUACAUCGUCUCUGCGACCUUCUCUUUGAUAGGAUGGAUCGUCGUCAGUUAUGGUAUGAUAGUUAUGUUCUUAACGAAAUCUUUAUAAAUACUCUUAAAAAUUUGGAUUGGCUACCAAAUGGGGUCAUAAGUGCACGAAUUGAUGACAAUGUUCUUAAAAGACCUGAUAUUACCAAUAUGCGAAUAUUCGAAAAGAUAAUGAUAGAAUGUAGGUUGCCAUGGCCAAUCAACAACAUAAUACAAGCUGAUAGUUUACAAUACUACAAACAAAUCACGAUAUUUUUGCUACAAAUUAGACGAGCAAAAUAUCUUGUCGAACGAAUGGCUUUCUCACGAUUGCAGAAUGAACAACUGGAUCCCAAGUCUCGAGAAAUGAAACUUUUUUAUGGGAUCAGGUUGAAUUUAAUUUGGUUCCUGAAUACUAUCUGGGAUUAUCUAAUGGGGAUGACAAAACCAGCAAAAAAAGCCAUUUUUGACAUCCUUAAUUUAACAAUUCAAUUUACAACAUUAUACGCAAGAUACCUCGGCGAGAAUGUCUCAUUUUACGAUCAUCACUCCCUUGCUAAAGAUUCGGGUUCUGAUUCAGGGUCAGAUUUCACGGACGAGGAUAGCGACGACUUGGACGAAGACGACGAAGUUGAAUCCGAUGUUGACCAUUAUGUACCGAUGAUUGUUGAUAGGCAAGCAUUUUGGAAUGGGCUUCAACGAAUCGAUAGAGAGUUUACAAGACAUAAAGAUUUUGUGAUUAGUUCUGUGAAAACUAUUGGACGUGUUAGUGGCGUAUCAUUUCCAUUAUGA